CCUCCAUCACCACGCAAUUAGGGUUUUCGCAUCAUAUCGGCGCCUCUUCCUCAGUUGAUUCCGACUUAGGGUUUCUCACCGGCGGAGAAGAAAAAUGGGUCACGCGAAUAUCUGGAACUCGCAUCCCAAGACCUACGGCCCUGGAUCACGCACUUGCCGGGUCUGUGGAAACCCGCAUGGGUUGAUCAGGAAAUACGGUCUGAUGUGUUGCAGGCAGUGCUUCCGCAGUAACUCCAAGGAAAUUGGCUUCAUCAAGUACCGUUAAUGAAGCAUGGAUAUCGCAGCAGGCUUUGAAGUUGAAGUUGUUUUGAAAUUCGUAGUGCAAACUUGAAAAGCUUGUUAGUUUUAAGAUGUUCAAAUUUUGUUUUCCAAGUUGACUUUCUCUCAAGACAAAUUAGAUUAUGUUGGUUAUGUUUUAUUUGUGCUAACUGCUAAAUGUUGCAACCUUUUCAAUAUCGAAACUUUACUUAUUUUCUCUGUUUAUGGUUUUAAGAUAUCAACUUU